AUGUCCGACGGCGCCGAUUCGUGGGAUGCCUUUUUGUGUCACGGUUCCUACGAAACCUUCAUGCCGACAUCCCGGCGUCGAUGCUGGCGGUUUACCCCUGGCAGCGAUGAGGGUGGAACACUUCGACAAAUCAAUCGACAAGAAGCCGAGAAGCUCAUUAGGACCACGACGGGCGACUUUCGACGUCGAGAAGUUCGAAAGUGGCGGCUUGGCACCCAUUUCACCGAGGUCCACAGGUACCACGAUUGGAAUGACCCGAGGGACGGCGAACUAGUACGUGAAGAUUGCCGUCGUGCUCAGGAAGCAGCCAGACUCAACGAUGUAUCUCGAGUUCGUGGGCCUCUCCUCGAACUACACGGGGUCUAUCGCCUCGACGGAGUGAGUCUCGUCCUCCAGUGGCUUCUCGGCAGAACCGACAACCCGAUCCGGCACGAGGUCGCAGUUCCUUCCCACCGGCAAGAGAAGCACCGUCAUCUUCGACUACCGAAGCCAUGCUUCGACCUCUCCUUUGCGGAAUCCUCCGACAACGAGUCCAAUGCCCCGAGCUUCGGAAGCAAAGCGCGUUCCUCUUUCCGCCCAGGCGACGCAGAGCCAGUAUGUCACAGGAGACCACUCCUUCGGCGACAUUGGACCAUGAAAAGCUUCGACUCAUCAAGGGGAUACGCGGAGAUGCCGAUGUCCUCGAGGGAGAUCCAUGAGUCUGAGUACACGAUUCAGGGCGACAAGUCCACGGUGCCAAGUGUGUUCCGCCUAGGCGAUGCCACGCGAGCGACGCUCGACUGCAGCAAUGCCCAGUCACUAGGUUGUCGAGAGUGCGGUAAGCACGACCUGCGUUCGAGGGCAGUUGCGGUAGGCGACCGGGGUUCAUCUGAUUCCAUGGGUUGGUGGCAACGAAUAGAAGAAACUCUCGACGAUCACCGACGGGAUGUUCGCCUCCUGGGCCUACGCAUCGAGUCUCUCGAAGGUGAACUGCUUCGACCAUCAACGACGACCGACAAGCAGUCGAUAUUUGCAAGAGUCGAAGAGAUCGCCGAGAACAUCGAGGACCUCUGCCAGAUGAACCACAUGGAAAUCUUCCGAUAG